AUAAUUCAUUAAAGAUAAAUAAGUAAAACAUGGAGUGAGAUAAAUUACAAAUCAAUGGUAUAACAAUUUCAAUGGAUUGAAACAGAUACACAAAAGUACAAUUGAAAAAUAAAACUGUCUAAGGUGUUAAUAUAAUUGUACAAGAUAUGUAUAUCAAAUGCAAUGUUCAUCCAUGCAUCUCUACUCCUUUUGCAUGUUGAACCGACCGAUUUGAAAUGGAUGGCUGAAAUGUGCUACAGCGUGUAACUGUGUGCUCUAACUACAGCAGAGUAUCUGAUCCCAAGUUAAACAGCAUGUGUAUGUAUGUUUAACGUAUAGAAAAUAUAAAUCAAAUAUCAUCUUGUAAUUAUCAUAAAAAAAAAAGUGAUACCAUCCUCACUUUUCACAAGCUAAGUAAGUCAUAAACAAAGUGUCACCCAAAUACCAUCCUCGAUUACAUCAAAAUCGUGAUUCAAUUCUUUUACCUGACAACUAACAUCAAUCCUCAUUGAAAUAUCUAGUACCUAUUCUAUUUAUUUUUGUUGAGAAUUUGUGUAAUUCAUAUUGUUUAGGCAGUUACUUAUUCUGCAAGUAACAGAAUAGUUUGUUAUGAUUUGUUGCUUAGGUGUCAAGUAAUAGAUAUGUUUGUUAGUUAGGGAGUUGAUAACCACUUUUGAGUUUGUUAGGGUGUUAGUUAGAAGUUGGUUAUGAGCUAACUUUGUUUCUUAUGUGUGAAGCAACUUGUAUAAAUGCUUAGAUGCAUUUCGUUUGUGAUUGUAUUGUGAAUUUUGUGGCCCAAUAGUGGAUGAAUAAAAUUUCUCUCUUUCUCCCUAAACAAUUCAUUCUUUGUUAAGUCUUUAAUUGCUUUUUCAUUCAUCUUCUUCACCUAGCUUUCUAUUGCAAUUUCUGCAUCUCUUGCCAUAGGCGCGCAUUGAGCCUAACCAGACUAUGUUUGCAAUUAAGGAAGAUUUGAACUGUGGUGAAGAGUGGUACGGAUUCUGGUUGUUCUACACACAUGACAGGAAGAAGAGAUUGGUUUUCUAUCUUCAACCAAUCUCACAAGAACGAAGUGAAAUUUGCAAAUGACAGCACAUUGAAUUCAGAAGGUGUAGGAGUUGUGUGCAUCAGAAGCAAGAAUGGAGAACAAUCCUUCGUCAAUGAUGUUUUGUACAUUCCAGGUAUGAAGUGUAAUCUUCUUAGUAUAGGGCAACUAAUAGAGAAGAAUUACAUGAUAGCUAUAGAAGAUGGAAUAAUGAAACUGAUGGGUUCAAACAGAAAGUUAAUUUUGAAAGCUCCAAUGUCAAAGAAUAGGACUUUUAAAAUUGAACUCAAUGUGAUGAAUCAUAAGUGCUCAGCUACUGCAGUAGAAAGAGAUGAAUGGACUUGGCAUUAUAGAUUUGGUCAUUUGAAUUUUAGAGAUUUGAAUAUGAUGUAUAGUAAGAAUAUGGUAUCUGGCUUGAAUAUGAUGUAUAGUAAGAAUAUGUGUCAAGUGAAUUCACUGAAUAUGAAUCACAAGGUGCUGUGA